UGGGAAUUCAAUGUUGAAGAAUAUGUUGGUGGCAAAGGGAAACAUCUCCAAUUCAUCGUAAACGUAAAUCAUCAAUAUAUGUAUGCACUCUAGAGAGAGGAGCUGGACUGUUUCAUUGUAUGCUGGCUGAUAAUGGUCAGUUAAGUGGACGGAGGGUUGGAAUGAUUGUUGUUGAUGAAUUGCAUCUUCUCGCCGAACAAAAAAGGGGAGCUUUGUUAGAUGCAACUAUUACAAAAGUUUUAGACUCUCAGCAGUUCCUGCAUAAUAUUCAGAUAAUUGGUAUGUCAGCUACAACUGGAAAUAUGCAAGAAAUAGGUGACUUUUUAAAUGCUCACGAAUGCACAAGAGAUUUUAGACCUGUAAAGCUCACAGAAACUAUAAAAUUAAACGAACAAAUAUUUGUGAUAAAUAAAGAUGUUGAUGGUUCUUUGAAAAGUAAACUUGAUAGAAAAUUAGAUUUUGACUUUUCAGCCUGUCCUUAUACAUGUAUAUGGAAACCAAAAAUGCAGAGUUCAAUAUGGAAAGUGCAAACGUUGUGCACAUACCAACCGAUCCUCAACACACCUUGGGCUCAACUGUCUCGGAUACAGAGUCAACACAAGUAGAGGGAGUUCCAUACCGUUAAGCAGUUGGGAGUCUGUUGUACUUGAGUCAAAUAACGAGACCCGAUAUAACAUUUGCUGUUAAUUUGGUGGACCGUUAUCUAGAAAAACCUCAAAAAGUGCACUGGAAUGCAGUAAAACGCAUUUUUAGAUACUUAAAAUCCAUACCAAAUUUUGGAAUUUUGUACAGUAGUGAUAUAAAUACCAAUGUAAUUGCUUAGAGUAAUGCAGAUUAUGCUGGUGACGUAACAACAAAGAGAUCUACAUCAGGAUCAGCGUUCUGUGUUGGCAAUGGAUUAGUUGCAUGGAGCUCACGGAGACAGAAAUCAGUGUCACUUCCUACUACAGAGUCAGAGUAUAUUGCACUAAGCCAAUUCGUACAGGACCUUACCUGGUUAAUGCUAUUAAUGAGUGAUCUUCUGGAAACACAGGAAGUUAAACCAAUUAUAUAUGCAGAUAACCAGAGUGCUAUACGCCUUGUUAAAAACCCAGAAUUUCAUAAAAGAUCAAAGCAAAUCGAUGUAAGGUAUCAUUACAUCAGGGAAUCAAUA